GGGUAUUGCUCCAGGAACGUACAAGAUCGUCAACGCAAAGGGAGGUACUGCGCUCGACCUCUCUGGUGGCGACAACCGCACUAUUAUUGGCUUCACUGUUCACGGUCAGGCUAAUCAGCAGUGGACUGUCAGCGAGCCCGACUCAGAUGACAACCAGACGAUUUUCUGCCAGGCUUCCAACCUCUAUCUAGCCAUUGAAGAUGCACCUAACGAUUAUACGCGCAUCAUUGCGAGCUCGUCUCCGACGCGCUGGGCUAUCCGGCGCGACGGUAAAGAUCAGAACUUUUGGCGUGUGUUCUUCCCUGGAACUGGAUUCAACUUCGAUCUUUCCGACCAUGGUAACCCAACGCCUGGAACGGUAAUUCACCUGUGGAGUGCUACUGAUGGAAGGAACCAGCUCUGGAACUUUGAGAACGUUUGAAGGCAUUGAUUUUGGAUGAACAUGGAAGGGCUAAUAUUGACAUUAAUUUUCUAACC